AUGUUUGGAUCAGACUUGAGGGGCCGUUGGCUGAACUGGGCCAUCACGGCCGCCUCUUGCCAAGGUUUCCUCCUCUUGGGCUACGAUCAAGGUGUCAUGAGCGGCAUCAUCGGCGCAGAAAAUCAAUUCGGAAAUGAUUUCAACAAUCCAGACGCGAAUAUGCAAGGCCUCAUCGUCUCCAUAUACGACAUUGGAUGCGCGUUCGGCUCCUUGAUAUCCUUCUUCUUUGCCGAAACCUACGGGAGAAAGAACAUGAUCAUUGCUGGCGGCACAACCAUGAUUAUUGGAACCAUCAUCCUCACCUCAUCUACCACCAUCGCUCAGCUGCUGGUCGGACGUAUCGUGACCGGAAUUGGCAACGGCUUCAACAGCUCCAACAUCCCAGCCUACCAAUCCGAGCUUGCCAAACCAAAGAAUCGCGGCCGACUCCUUAGCGCCCAAGGCACCGUCACCAUAGUUGGGCUUUGCAUCGCCUACUGGAUGGACUUCGGCCUGUCGUACGUCUCCGGUCCCAUCCAAUGGCGCUGGCCCAUCGCUUUCCAAGCCUUUUUCGCCAUCUGCCUGGUACUACAAAUGCUGCCCCUCCCGGAGACACCUCGCUUCCUGAUCGAGAAGGAUCGCACACGAGAGGCGGCGGACGUGCUCUCGCGACUGGAUGACACGGCAAUCGAUGAUGCCGAGGUCGUUGAGACGGUACGCACCAUCCAAGUGUCGAUUGAGAAGGAGACGCGUGGCGGACCGUUCCAGUACAAGGAACUCAUCUCGGGCGGGCCGAUGGGUAACUUCCGACGGAUCUGCUUGUGUCUGGCAGUCAACGUCAUGCAGCAGUUCACAGGCUCAAACAUGAUCAAUUACUACGCGCCUACCGUCUACGAGCAGAACAUGGGCCUGACGCGUACCAUCUCUCUCAUUCUCGGAGGCUGCACAUCUCUGACGUAUCUUGUCGGCAGCUUCAUCCCUCUCUGGACCGUCGACCGCUACGGCCGCCGAGCGCUCCUUAUGUUCAGUGCUGCGGGGCUAUGCGUUUGCUUCUCGCUCGCCAGCAUCCUCCUUUCGACGGGCACGCAACCCGCCGCCUACGGUGCCACUGCCAUGGUCUUCCUGUUCCAGAUCUUCCUCGGCAUCGGCUGGCUUCCUAUACCCUGGUUUUAUCCUUCCGAGGUCACAACCACCCGCAUCCGCUCCAAGGGCCAAGCCCUCGGCUCCUUCAUAAAUUGGAUGUGCGUCUUCACCGUCGUCCAAAUCACGCCCAUCGCCACGCAGAACAUCCAGUGGCGCACCUUUGUCAUCUUCGCCGUCUUCUGCGCCCUCUGGGUCCCCAUCGUCUACUGCUUCUUCCCGGAGACCAACGGGCUCGAGCUCGAGGACCUCGACUACCUCUUCGUCAAGGGCGGCGUCACCGGGGGCGUCUGGAGUUCCAAGGGAGGCAGGACGGUGCAGAGGCGGACGGGUAGGGAGGAAGCUGGCGUGGAGGGCGGGUUUGGCAAGGAUCCCGAGGCGAAGACGUUGGAGGAGGAGGAUGGCGAGGUGAGGGAGGAGACGAAGGCUUGA